AUGAUUGUAUUUAAAAUCGUUGUCCUUGGAGACGGUGGUGUUGGCAAGACAGCCUUGACUAUACAGUUAUGCUUAAACCAUUUUGUUGAGACAUACGAUCCUACAAUUGAAGAUUCCUAUAGAAAGCAAACAGUCAUUGACGGCUUUGCAUGUAUACUCGAGGUACUAGAUACAGCUGGACAAGAGGAAUAUACAGCUCUGCGUGAUCAAUGGAUACGAGACGGUGAAGGAUUUCUGAUAGUGUAUUCGAUUACAUCUCGAUCAACCUUUGAGACGGCCAAUAAAUUUAAACAGCAAAUAGUUCGCAUCAAAGAAGUAGAGUCAAUACCACUGAUACUUGUGGGAAACAAAUGUGAUAAAAUCAUAGAAAGAGAAGUCUCAAGAGAAGAAGGCUUUACAAAAGCGCAUGAGCUCCAUUGUGAUUUUAUCGAAACCUCCGCAAAGACUUGUGCUAAUGUAGAAAGAGCAUUUUACUCAGUUGCUCGUCAGAUCAAGCAAGCGCGUGAUGGACUAUCAGCUAAUGACAAAACACAUAAGAAGGAAAAUAAAAAGUGUUUGAUUCUGUAGCUUUAUUGUUUUGCUGCUCCCUGCUUUUGAGCUAUAAAUUGGAACAAAGCAUAGCUUUUUUCUUUCUUUCUUUCUUUC